CACUGGGUCGCUGGCCCGAGACUAAUGGGCAUCCGAGUCGCGACGGUUGCGCUGCUGUCCGGGCGGGUUCCUCAGCGGAGCUCCGCUGCUGCUGGGCACCAUGAGCGGACGGCAGAGAACGCUCUUCCAGACGUGGGGGCCGAGCCUUGUGCGGGGCUCCGGAGACUCGGGAUGCGUCCAGCCGCGCUCGCCCGCGAUGGCGGAGGUGCUGCCGGAGGAGGACGACGAGGUGCUGCUGGUGGCGGCGUACGAGGCUGAGGGGCAGCUGGAUCCCGGGGAUGGCGGCUUCUGCGCGGCUGCGGGAGCCCUGUGGAUCUACCCCACCAAUUGCCCCGUGCGCGACUACCAGCUGGACAUCUCCCGGAGCGCGCUGUUCUGCAACACCCUGGUGUGCCUGCCCACCGGGCUGGGGAAGACCUUCAUUGCCGCCGUGGUCAUGUAUAAUUUCUACCGCUGGUUCCCUUCUGGCAAGGUGGUUUUCAUGGCACCCACGAAGCCCCUGGUAACACAGCAGAUGGAAGCCUGCUUCCACGUAAUGGGUAUUCCACAGUCUCACAUGGCUGAAAUGACAGGUUCCACUCAAGCUGUUACCAGGAAGGAGAUAUGGUCCAGCAGGAGAGUUCUUUUCCUGACACCGCAGGUCAUGGUAAAUGACCUUACUAGAGGGGCUGUUCCUGCCGCCCACGUAAAGUGUCUUGUGGUGGAUGAAGCUCAUAAGGCUCUUGGGAACUAUGCUUACUGCCAGGUGGUAAGAGAAUUGGUCAAAUACACCACUCACUUUCGAAUCUUGGCUCUUAGUGCCACGCCAGGUAGUGAUAUCAAGGCUGUGCAACAGGUGAUAACUAACCUACUAAUUGGGAAGAUAGAGCUUCGUUCGGAAGAGUCUCCCGAUAUUUUGCCUUACUCUCAUGAAAGAAGAGUUGAGAAGCUUGUUGUCCCCCUUGGGGAAGAACUAGGAGCCAUUCAAAAGACGUAUAUCCAGAUUUUGGAAACAUUUGCCAGUUCUUUGAUUCAAAGAAAUGUUUUGAUGAAAAGAGACAUUCCCAAUCUAACAAAAUACCAGAUAAUUCUGGCAAGAGAUCAAUUUAGGAAAAACCCAUCCCCAAAUAUUGUGGGAAUUCAGCAAGGCAUAAUUGAAGGGGAGUUUGCCCUCUGCAUUAGUUUAUAUCAUGGUUAUGAGUUACUGCAGCAAAUGGGAAUGCGGUCAUUGUAUUUCUUUCUUUCUGGAAUCAUGGAUGGAACUAAAGGAAUGACACGGGCAAAAAAUGAGCUCAGCCGAAAUGAGGACUUCAUGAAGCUGUACACUCACCUGCAGAGUGUGUUUGCACCAGCCAGCGCCAGCGAUGCUUCGGCUUUCCAGAGAGGAAAUAAAGAGAAAAAAUUUGUCUAUAGUCAUCCAAAGUUAAAGAAACUGGAAGAAGUUAUACUUGAACACUUCAAGUCAUGGAAUGCUAAAAACACCCCUGAGAAGAAAUGCCACGAGAGCAGAGUUAUGAUCUUCUCUUCAUUCCGAGAUAGCGUUGAGGAGAUUGCAGAAAUGCUUUUACAGCACCGGCCAGUUAUUAGAGUGAUGACCUUUGUUGGCCAUGCUUCAGGGAAAAACACUAAAGGUUUUACCCAGAAGGAACAACUGCAGGUGGUGAGACAGUUCCGAGACGGUGGCUAUAACACCCUGGUUUCCACCUGUGUCGGAGAAGAAGGUUUGGAUAUAGGGGAAGUGGAUCUUAUAAUAUGCUUUGAUGCCCAGAAGAGCCCAAUCCGCCUCAUCCAGCGCAUGGGUAGAACUGGCCGCAAACGGCAAGGCAGGAUUGUCGUUAUCCUCGCUGAAGGACGGGAAGAGCGUACAUAUAAUCAGAGUCAGUCCAACAAAAAAAAUAUUUAUAAAGCCAUUUCAGGUAACAGACAAGUGCUGCAUUUAUACCAAGGAAGUCCACGAAUGGUUCCUGAUAAAAUCAAUCCUGAAUUACACAAAAUGUAUAUCACACAUGGUGUCUAUGAACCAGAGAAGGCUCGGAGUGUACAGCGGAGGUCGUUUUCCUCAAGGGGUGGAAUAAAAGGUAGUAAUUCGAAUAAAGAUGGGCUGUUAUCAGAAGAAGAAUUUAACCUAUGGAGCAGCCUCUAUAGGUUAGGAGACAGUGACCAGGUUAAAGGCGUGGCAUUGCCUCAGUCUCACUUCCCAUCUUUACAGGAGGACAGAGUGAUUCAAGACUCAACUACUAGAAUUCACCAACUCUCUCUCUCUGAAUGGAGUGUCUGGCAAGAUCAUCCGCUUCCUACACAUCUAGUUGACCAUUCGGAUCGUUGCCACCAUUUUAUAAGCAUUAUGCAAAUGAUAGAAGCAAUGAGACGCGAAGAGGAUGAAUGCAGCUACGAGUUGAAAAUUAGACCUUUUCUACAAAUGGAAGAUGUCUGCUCAAAAUAUCACGCUCCUAGGAAUGGAUAUAAUAAUGUAGCCAGUGUCGCCAGUAGUGCUAACAAGAAGUCUUCAUCUAGACCGAGUGUAGCUGCAGGAGGCUCCUUGUCAGUGAUAGAGUCUGAGGAAGAGCGUGCUGACACUGUUAAACAAAGGGACUCUAAAUGGACCAAAAUUACUUCUCUAAGGGGAAAACCUUGUAGAGCAGGAAGAAAAGGCCAGACUUGUGAGCACAGUGAGGAUGAGGAUGCAGAUUCUUCAGACACUGAGAGACAGUCUCCUGCCAAAGCUGUUUCCCAGGUAGACCCACCCAGUGGUGAAAGGAUGGCAGAUGUAGGUGGAAUCUCCAUCCUGGGUGCUGUCACUGAAGAUGAUAACCAUCCAGGAACAUUACAAAUGGAGUGUCAGGUCACAAAUAAAUCAGGUGCCAGGUACUCAUUAGAUUCUGGUUAUAGUAGUUUCAGUGAUGAGAAAUCUGUAUCAUCAAGUUUGUUUCUUCCAUUGGAAGAAGAGCUGUACACCGAUAGAGCCGCUGAGCAGUUUUAUAAUUGUCGGCCCAUGACAGAAGAUGUACUAGCUAAUGUGGAGAGAUUUUUAUCCCGUUCUCCCCCGUCUCUCAGUGGACUCUCAGACUUGGUAUAUGAUGUUACUCGGGGUUUUAGACUUGAUAAUGCAUCCUGCUCACCCUACCCAGAGCAUGAACACAGUCCUAGACCUGUUUCUCCAGCAUCACACUCUGCUGGGAAGUCUCAACAAAACUUAGAAUUGAAUUCAGCUAAAUGUAUUAGUCAUCCUACUGAAAAAGAUUGUCUCCCUGGCACCACUCAUAAGAUGGUUUCUGAUCAGCCCUCCUGUGACUCUGAUAGUGAAGGCCAUAAUAUUAAAUCUCAGAAUUCAGGAUCUAACAGUUGUGCUCAAAUACAAGCAGACCUUGAAAAUAAUUUCGUUGACAAGAACAGCCAUGAUGAUAGUGAACCCCCAGUAUUGUUCACUGAUGAAGAUGAGAGCUUACUAUUAUUUGAAGAUGAUUUGAAGAAUAUUGAAGAUGGUACUGAAGAGUUAAAUAGGGCUAGCCUUCCUCCCUUCAACAGUAUUAGUCAGCCCCUCUGUGUGUCAGAUAAAACUCUCGCAAGUGAAAUGCCUCCAGUCUCUCACUUCUUAAUUUCCGAUGAACUGUUGUUAGAUGAUGAUUCUGAACCUGAAGACCACAUCAUCUGUGAUGCCAAGAGUUGGAAAUGUCAUGAAGGUGUGGAGGAUGGACAAGAAGAGCUGAAGACUGAUAGACAGACUUUUGAUUGCUCUGCAGACUUAUUUUCUGUUACCUUUGACUUAGGAUUUUGUAGUUCGGGGUCAGAUGAUGAAAUCCCAGCAGGUGCAUCUGAUAGGACUCACACCCUGGGAGCGGCCAAUGUGUCUGGAAGGCAUUCUGAUAAGGAGAUAAAGGAUGCCGGUGUCGAUUCAGGUCCACUGGGUGGAGCCAUAUCACCAAUCCCAACUGAAACAGCGCAGUGGUCCCCUUGGGCACAGAACAAGGAAGAUGCUUCUUUCCACUUUGCCCCAUCCUCGCCAGUGAAGCAGAGAGUCAUGAGUACACCGCUUUCUAAGUCACACACGAGUUCCAAGACAGGAGCACACAUGCUCAAGACACUAGACUCUACCAAGGAGAAAGCAGGUGGACAGGGUUUCAAAAUGGCAUUGAACCCAAGACUGGGCAAUCUAGGAAUUUCUGUAGAAGAGACCAAGAGCAGCAAUCAGCUCUUUGUGCAUCAGUCCCCUCGGCGCACUGAAGUUGAACACUUAACUAGUGAAAGCGAAGAUGAUGUUUUCCUGAGAAAGACUAAAAAACCAAAAGGAAAUGUCCUAAAGUCCCCCGAGGAUCAGAAAAACAACGAAGUUGAUUCACCCAUUCAUGCUGUAAAAAAACCCAGAGUUCUCAGGUCAGAAUUAGCAUCUAGCGAUGAUGAGAGUGAGAAUUUUGGCAGAACGUGUCCAAGGUUGGAACACUUCAAGGGUCGUAACAGGAACACCAGAAAAGGCUCUGAAGCCCAAAAGAAACGGAGUCAAGUAAAGACUAUGGCUCGGAGGUUUUUAGACGACGAGGCAGAGGUUUCUAAAGAAGAUAUGGACUGUGUCUCAGCAGAUGAGGAUGAUGAGUCUGAGAACGAGCAGGAUUCCUCACUGCUCGACUUUGUAAAUGACCGGACCCAGCUUUCACAGGCUAUAAAUGAUUCUGAAAUGAGAGCUAUUUACAUGAAGUCUGUACGUAGUCCAUUGAUGAGCACUAAGUACAGAAUGGUCCAUGAGAAGCAUACCAACAUGAACAUUUUCUCACAGAUUCCUGAGCAAGAUGAAAACUAUUUAGAGGACAGUUUUUGUGUUGAUGAAGAAGAGUCUUGCAAAAGCCAAUCAAGUGAAGAAGAAAUUUGUGUUGAUUUUAACUUAACUAAAGAUUCCUUUACAGAUGAGGACAUACGAUAUAAAACUCGAUAUGCAAUAAAGCUCAAACAAAUGAACAAGAAACAAAACUACACACGGCCAAGAAAGAAAUUGUCUAGAAUUAUCUUACCUGACGAUGACUCAAGUGAGGAAGAAAACAUCACAAAGGACAGAGAACACUCCGUUUCUGGUGGCCACGCUGCUGCUGAGCACACACAGCUCUGGGCUUCAGGGCCAUCCGGGUCCUCAGUGCCUCCCAAGGUCCUUUCUGAUCCAGAGUGGAAUCAGUCAUCCAGGCAGAGACUACAGGUGCUACCCAGUAAAACAGAUGCCGUUCCUGGAGCCUUGAACGUGAAGGCUCAGAGCCAUAAUAAAAUCAAAUCUGCUUCACCACCAUGUACUGGUGUUGAAUCAAGGAAAGAAUGUGGGAACCAUCCAGUUCAGUUGAAGGCUGAUGGUCAGGAGCACAGUGACAUCUCAGCAGCACCCUGUUCUACUUCAGUCCUGCGUGUGGCUGAGGUACAUACAGCCCCUAGACAUCUGCAAGAAGGAAACAGGGCUUGCAUUCUUGUAGAUAGUCGUGAAAUCACUACCGGUUUGGAAGUAAUCUCUUCACUAAGAACAGUUCAUGGGUUACAAGUAGAGAUUUGUCCUCUUAAUGGCUGUGACUACAUCGUAAGCAGCCGAAUGGUCGUAGUAAGGAAGUCUCAGUCUGAAAUGUUAAGUAAUACCAGCAAGAACAAGUUCAUCGAGCAGAUGCAGCGCCUACAGAGCAUGUUUCAAAGGAUAUGUGUGAUUGUGGAAAAAGACAGGGAAAAAGCAGGAGACACAUCAAAAAAAUUUAGAAGAACGAAGUGCUAUGACAGUUUGCUGACUGCCUUAGUUGGCGCCGGAAUCCGAAUCCUUUUCAGCUCUGGACAAGAAGAAACUGCAGAUUUACUAAAGGAGCUGUCAUUGGUGGAACAAAGAAAGAAUGUUGGUAUUCAUAUCCCAGCAGUGCUAAACACUAGUAAACUUGAAGCACUUCCAUUCUAUUUAAGUAUUCCUGGUGUAAGUUACGUCACAGCCUUAAAUAUGUGUCACCAGUUUUCAUCUGUGAAAAAGAUGGCUAACAGCUCCCCUGAAGAAAUCGCCACAUGUGCGCAAGUAACUCAUCAAAAGGCUGAAGAGAUCUAUAAAUAUAUUCACUAUAUAUUUGACAUGCAAAUGUUACCAAAUGAUCUUAACCAGGAAAGACAAAACCCUGAUACAUGCUUAACACUUGGAGUCGCUAUGUAAGAACUCUCAUAAUGCUAAUGUAUUUCAAUAAUCAUCGUAGUUUGAGAUGACCAGUUUAAAAUAUGUAAAAAUUUCAUCUCUUAAUGAUCUUUAGAUUAUAUAUACUUUUUAUUUAUAGACUAUAUAUUUUUAAAAGGAAACCUUUGAUGUUCCAUAGUCAUUUUGAUUAGACUGUGAAACCAAUUUUUAUUGAAUAAAUCAAGGCUAUAUGAAAGGUUUGGUUCCGAGUGAUUUAAGCAUCUAAGUAAGCCAAAGGGCUGGAAGCUGCACAAGCCUGACAACCUCAGUUCAUCCCUGUGCUGGCUGGUCUUAUGUCAAUUUAAGCUAUCUGAAAGGAGGGAAACUACUGUAAGUAGUUAUUGAUGGAGUGGACCCAGCCCAUUGUUGGUACUAUCCCUGGGCUGCUGGUCCUGGGGUCUAAGAAAGCAAGGUGAGCAAGUCAUGUGAAGCAGGCCAAUAAGCAGCAUCCCUCCAUGGCCUCUGCAUCAGCUCCUGCCUCUAAGUGCAAGCCCUGCUUGGAUUCCUGUCCUCACUUCCUCCAACGAAGAGACUAUAAUCUGGAAAUAUAAGCCAAGUAAACCCUUCCUUCCACAGCUUGACUUUUGGUUAUGGUGUUGCAUCGCAGCAAUAGAAACCCUAAGACAAUACAGUGCUGGGGACUUCGGAAAAUGGAGGCUAUCGGGAGUUUGCAAAUGCCCUAUCAGGAUGGCAAAGUUGGUGAGCUCCAUGUUCAUCGGAGAACUUUCUGGCCACCAUACAAAUAAUGCUUGCCUGUGUGUUCACAUCUACAUUCAUACACAGAAAAGAUGAGUCAUCUUUGAUGACAUACUCCUGGAAUACCAGCACAUUGUAGGCCAAGGCAGUAGGCACAUGUGAUAAGGCUAGCCUUGGCCUUAACAAGAUCCUGUCUCAAAAGAGAUGUAAGAUGUAUUUUAGAAUUUUUCCAAGAAUUAAGUACUAUGAUUUAUUAUUGGCAAAAACUUUAUAAAUAAUUUGUGCUGUAUGUGAAUUAUGUAACAUUUUAAGUGUACUAAGUCUAGGACCUGAAGAGAUGGCGCAGAGGUUAAAAGCAUACACUGCUCUUGUAUGUCCAGCACCCCCAUCAGGUAACUUAGAACUGCCUAACUCCAGCUUCAGUGUAUCUAAAGUCUCUGGCCUUCUUAGGCAGUGCACUGACAUUGUACAGACAUGUGUGUACUAAAUCGUGCAUACUGAGUAAAAUAGAUGUGAAACAUAUGAUCUAAUAAAGUCAAAUGUUUAAUAAGUAUAUCAUUACCACCAAAUAAACCUUCCAUCCAACUGUAGUCCAAUAUUUAACAUGAACUUUUGUUUUGACCCAUGCCAUAUGUAUUUUAAGAUAUGCCUCUGUUUAUAUGUGCAAUAAAUAGGAGACUUUCCCCUUCUUCAUACUUUCUCCAGUCCCAGCAGACAUACUUCAUCCUAUAUCUGACAGAAACUUCAGAACUCAUCUAUUUCAAUUUGUGUUGUUAUCAUCAUAAAAAUGAGGCCUUGAAACUAGCUUGUUCAUGUUUACACUACCCAGAUAUAUUUUUUAUUUUUUUAGCAAAAGCUACUCAAUUCUGAAUUUUGGUCAUCUGGGAUAAUUUUAAAACCUGCCCUCCUACAUACCACUGAUCUCUUCUGUUCAAAACUAUGUUUAUGUUCAGCUGGUGGGCAGUUAGCAAUUACUUCUCAGAUCCAAAAUCACAUAUUCUAUAUCUAUGCAUUUAAAAAAAUUUGCUAGCUGUAAAGGAAAUUUAAUGGCUUUCUUCUAAAACAUUUCCUAUCACCCUGAACACAGCAUCAUGUUAUAUAUUGACAACUCAAACUACAUUCUCUUUAGGGUGACUCUAAAACCUUUCUUUUGUUCUACAGCUAGCAAUAACUACAGGUUACUUGGGAGAGAGGUAUGGGAUUGAACCUGGUACUUUCUGCAUGGCAGACAAGUGUUCUAACAGCUGUCUCCAGCCUCCUCCCU